UCAAACAAUUCAAAAUUGGCGCCAGUAAUUAAAUUAUACUUAUGCAUUUGUUCAGCUAUAUUCACAUUAGUCUAUGGGUGAAGUUAGCUAUGUAUAUCCAUUGGAUAUAUAAUAGUUGUAUUUUUAUAAUUUUACGUAUGAAUAUUAUGAAUCUUUAAAAAUCUUACUUUAUAGUUUUAUAGAUGUCUCCAGAAAAAGAACCUGUAGCGCUCAGAGUUCUUCAUUUACCACCUGAACUUUCUGAUCAAAGACGAGAUGAGUUAUUUAAAAAAUAUGGUGCUAUCAAGACAUAUACUAUACGAUUUCCUUGCAAAGCUACUAAAACUUAUGUGUUCUUUCCAUCUUAUACUGCAGCAUAUGAAACAAUGUUACGUUUACAUCAAAUCAAAAUUAGAGGAAGAUAUUUGUCAGUUGAAUUUGCUAAAAUGCCUAUACCAAUAGUAUACACUGAAAGUGAACCUCGAGAAUUUAAAGAUAUACAAAAAGAAACAGAAAGUCAUCAGUCUCAUUACGAAACAUUCUUAAAACAUUUGUAUGGAACCACAAUGAAUCAAAUUUUUACACAACCACCACCACCAUACAUUAAAUACUGGUAUCCACCACCAACAAAAACCACUUUGUUGAGAAUAAUUAUACAAUUAUUGAAAGAACCAGCUUUCUAUACUCAGGUAUUACAUUUAAUGAAUAGAAUGCAUUUACCUCCACCAUUUGAAGAACUGGAUACAGAAUAUCCCAAAUUAAAAGAAAUUUAUGAUAUUAAAAAGUAUAAAGAUAUUUUAGACGAAGAUAUACUUGAACCAAUAACAAGAAAAAAUGUUUCGCAAAAUGAUAAAAAAGAACAGAAAGAAAUAGAUGAAGAAGAAUCUGAAAUAGAAUCUGAUGAAGAUGCCAAUGUCCAGUUCUUACAAAAUAUACCUGUAAAAAGAAAACGUUCAGAUUUUAAAAAACGAAUGAAAAUUCCUAAAUUUGUUAAUCCUGCUAAACAACUAACAACAUCAACUUCUAUUCAAAAAUCAAUCAAACCAGAAGAUAUGUUUGAGCCUGUACAACUUGGUGAAUCUAAAAGUUUGAAAAUUGAAUUGAAAAAUAUUGAUAAAUUAUUUGAAGCAACGGUUACUUCAUCUGAAGAUGAAUUUGAUAAUGAAAUUGAUAAUGAAAUUGAUAAUGAAUCGACUAAUGAACUUAAAAGUGGAUUUGGGUUAAUGUUUCCUCCCCAAAAUAUUGAACAAAUGAAACAAAAUCUAGAAAAUUCUACUGAAAAAUCUCCUGAAAAAGCUUCUGAAGAAUAUUCUAAAAAAACUUCACAGUUUAUUACAACAGAAGAAUUAGAAUUGAAUAGAAUAUCAGUUAAUGAUCAGAGACUUCUUCCUGUUUUCAAAAAUUACCAUGCCGGGAAACCAACACAUCGAUUGUACAUAAAAAAUCUUGCAAAACAAGUUGAAGCUAAUGAUUUACAUUAUAUUUAUAAGAGAUAUGUAGUAUCAGGAUUAAAAAAUGCUGAGUAUGAAUAUAAUGUUCGUCUUAUGCAAGAAGGUAGAAUGAAAGGGCAAGCAUUUAUUACAUUACAAAAUGUAACUCUAGCACAGUUGGCUCUGACAGAAACUAAUGGUUAUAUUUUAAGAGAGAAGCCUAUGGUUGUACAGUAUGCUAAAGUAUCAAAUAGCUAAUAUUUUAUUUGAAAUGAAAAAUUGUUAUCUUGACCUGAAAAUCCUAUAGAUUAUAAAUACAUAUUAUUAACACAUUGCGUAUGGGAAACGAGAGAUCUCGUCUUUAUCGGUUCGAUCGUUGAGGCCAGGAGACGAAAUAUCUCGUUUUAAGGUUACUUCGACCCAAUCGACGAUUUAAGGAAAUAAAAAUAGACUUUCUUGUUACGUUACC